AGGGGCUCCUGUAAUGAGCAGAGGCUCUAUUCACAUCGCCGUCCCGUUACCUCAUUGACAUUCAGUCCCAGUGAGAGACACAGACAGAGAGUAAAGACAUUGUCCGGGACGGAGGCAGCGACUCAGCGACAGAAAACGCACUUUCUGAGCGGAAUAAAGAGCAAAGUCUGCUGCGAGCAUGAGCGAGCGUGUCCUGACCCGGAUCCGGUGAGGAGCUCGGGAGAGACGGCCGAGGGGUGAGGGGUGCACGGGACAGGGCUUUACUGGGGCGGACAAACCGACUACCCCCACACCACUGAAGGAGGAGAAGGAGAAGAAGGGAAAGUAAGUCAGGGGGGGACUGAGAAGAAAAAACAGCAGACAAAGCGCCGAGGAGACCAUGAACGCUGGAGAGCCGUGUAUGCUGUGACUUCCCGACGUCUAGAAGUGAACCGAUCCGGAGAGAGAAGCACAAUGUCCCGAUCAGACGAGGUCAACAAAAUGACAGAAAAUGUCUACAAGGGCAUUCUGGACCAGUUCAACCCCAGUCUGAAGAAUUUUGUCAGCAUGGGCAAACACUAUGAAAAGGCCCUGACAGGCGUCACAGUAGCAGCGAAGGGUUAUUUUGAUGCUCUGGUUAAACUCGGAGAGCUGGCCAGCGACAGCCAGGGCUCGAAAGAACUGGGUGACACGCUGUUCCAGAUGGCAGAGGUUCACCGGCAGAUCCAGGUCCAGCUCGAGGACGUGCUGAAGCUGUUUCACUCAGAGCUGCUGUCUCAACUCGAGCAGAAACUGGAGCUAGACAUCAAAUAUCUGACCGCGACGCUGAAGAAGUACCAGAGUGAGAGGAAGUCAAAGGUGGAGUCCAUUGAGCGCUGUCAGUCACAGCUGAAGAAGCUGCGGAGGAAGAGCCAAGCUAGUCGCCAUCCUAACAAGUACGGAGACAGAGAGAUGCAGUACGUGGAGCUGAUGAGUCGCCGGCAGGGCGAGCUGGACUCUCUGGUAGCUGUUGGUUAUCGCUCCGCUCUGACGGAAGAAAGGAGGCGCUAUUGCUUUCUGGUGGAUCGUCAGUGUUCAGUCACCAAGAUCCUCAUGAACUACCACUGCAAGGUGAGAGAGCUGCUGUCUCAGAAGCUGUCGUCGUGGCAGCAGUCGUGCGCUCAGCCGACCAAACUCCCGGAGCGAGCUCUGAGCCUGCUGCGUCACACCGCCCCCCAGAGCUCUGGAGGAGCCGGGCUCGCCGAGGUCCUCCGCAACGCCAAGCUGGGCAUCACCCAGCCCGCAGAACAGAGGCUGUCUGUACAGGAAGUCCCGCCUCUGUUGAACGGAGACAGCAGCAGUCGUCCUCAGCAGCAGCAGAACCCCUCCAGUAAUGGACACGCCCUCUCCACUUCUUCAGCCAACCCCGCCCACUUCCAGCCAGCAGUGGGUGUGUCUGGGCGGCUGUCUCCUCCCACUGUUAACCACACCCCCAGCUCCGCCCACAGUGCCCCUCUGUCCCGUGCACUGCCCUGCUGUCCUGCUGUUCCUGACCUCUACUCCACCUCCACACUGCCUCUGCCCCGGAGACAGUCCAACGACGCUCGCCAGGGGCCUCUCUCAGGUUCGACUCUCCCGCGGGUUCUUCCUCUCUGCGCUCCGUCUCGUGUGGAGGCUCUGUUCCCUCACUCCCCAGACUCCUGUGAGGGAGAGAAGCCUGGAGAGCGAGGAGGAAGCUCCUGUCUGCUGUCCUUCCUGCCCGGAGACACUCUGUCCCUGCUGAUCAGUGAACCCCGAGACGGCUGGCACUACGGGCAGAACGAGCGGACCGGACGAAAAGGCUGGUUUCCCUUCUCCUACACACAGCCUUUCCCAAACACUUCCGGACAAGAUCUCAGUCCUCCAGUCCUGUCGAAGGUGAACAGCACCAGUAUGGGUCAGUUAGACCGGCUUCCCCCGGCGGGUCCGAUGCCGCAGGUCAGCCCUGACUCCGAGGACGAGCGGAGCGUCUUAUCCCAGCGCAUCAGCACCUUCAGACCGCGGCCCUACAGCAUGAUGGGCCCCGAGACCGGCAGGAUGAGGAUGCUGACUGAUUUCAGCUCGACGCCUCCGUCACCCACCAGGAUCAACCCGUUCGCUCACGUUCGACUCAAGAAGACGGUGACCAACGACCGCUCCGCUCCUCUGAUACAGUAGAGCCUCUGAUCUCUGAAUAACACAACCUUUCAGACAGGUUUUACGCUUGUGUUUAGAGCAUUUAGCAGAUCAAAUGUAUAUUCUAUACAUAUAUAUAUAUAUACAUAUUACAUCAUUAUCAGAAAAAUGUAAUAUUUCCAGGUCUUGAAUGAGAGCACAUGGGAUAGAACAUCAAAAAAACUGACCUUUAACAUUUAAUUCCGUAUUAUGGACACGUUUCUUUUAUUUUAAUUGCUUUACUGCAUGAUGUCUGCAAUUAAACAGUAAAUUACAAAAUAAAAAUUAAACGUAGAUAUGUGAAUUAAAUAUAGAUUUACAGUUUAGUUGCAUGAUAUAUUUUAGAUUUACUUGUCGUCAGGGUGGCAAGUGUGUGUACAUAUAUGUGUGUG